AUGGGCCAGAGGCAUAAUCGACGCCGUACUCGUCCUCGCUCCAAACGCAAUAGUCUCACUCAAGACGCUACUGCUGUCAAUCUUAUCAACCACGCCUCGGCAUCCCUUGUGGUGAUUCCCUCAAACAGUUCCUGUGAAUCACUGCCUGCUGGCACCAACUCUCUCGCUGCAUGCAUUUCACGUGGAUCGCCGGCUCCCGUCACCCUCGCCCCGAUCUGGCACUCUGGGUAUACGGCAUGGCAGACACGUGAACGCACCUCGCGGUUGGAAGCUAGCGGGCUGGAGACGGAGCAGUGUCGUCUGUUCGGUGGUGAGCCGGGCGACGAUUUAAGUCUCUGUGAUCGAAUGCUCGAGUACUUUGGUGGCCUCGACUAUAUCGACUCGUGA